AUGUCUACACCCAAGACUUACGCUGCUUCUCGUGGACUUUCUCCACAACAAAUCAACCAGGCAUUAAGCCAAAAAUAUGCCAAUGGCGGCAGACCAGUGAUGGCAAUGUCGGUGGUGGUAAUCAUAGCGCUUUUGGUGCUUUCGAUCCGGUUCUUGAUGAUUCUGGUCAACCAGCCUACCCAGAUGGCGUUAGUAGCUCCGCUAAUGGUAACAACGUUUUUGAUCAAAGGGUGGUGCUGGAACCGCAUCUAUCUCCAGCUGUCGUUUAUUCCCGAUUGGAUUAGAGUGCUUAUGGUGGGGUGUGGAGGCGCUAUCACUUAUUCAUUGGCGGAGUGCCCCCUUACACAAUUGGCCAGCUGGUGCCACUACUCCAUAGGGUUUGAUGCGUUGGUGAUGCUUAGUGUCCACCCGAUGUGGGGACACGCAUUGGAUGCUUAUUACCUUCGCCAAGCAGUUAUCUCGCGGAGUAUAUAG